AUGUUUAAAAUAUUAAAUAUAAAUAGGAUAUUAAAAAGAAAUAAUUCCAAAAUUUUAAGCACAAUUUUAAAGAAUUACAGUACAAUUAAAAAUGAUUGUAUAAAAAUUGAUAACAAGUAUAUUCAUAAUGUGUAUAAAUUGAAUGAUUUACACUAUAAUAAUUUGAAGAUAAUACACAAUUAUGAUGAAUAUUAUAAUUUAAUUAUAAAAAAUGAGUAUUUCAAAGAUUAUUCAGAAAUAUCAAAUAAAUUAAAUGAUGAAAUUAAAGAAGAAAGAAAUAAUAAAUUAGAAGAUCAUUUAAGCAAAAAGAUAAAAGAACAAAAUGAUGCUACACAAAAUAAUUUAGAAAAUAUAGAUAAUGAAAUGUAUUCAAAAAAUAUUAUUACAUCUAAUGAUUUGCAGGUUCUUUAUUUUGGAAGUUAUGAAAAUAAUAUCAGCAUCAUUCUAUUUGAAAAAUUUAAAAGUAUGAUUGAAAAAAAUAAAAAUUUAAACUUUUUUUUUAUUGAUAUUAAUAUAAGCCCACAAUGUGCUUAUAACUGUCAAGUUAAUUAUGUACCAAGCAUAAUUUUAAUAUAUAAAAAUCAUAUUUUCAGAAAAAAAUUUGAAAUAAAUUAUGAAAAUCUUGUUGAUGAAAAUUAUUUAACUGAAUUUUUAAAUAAAGUGCAACAAAAUAUAGAUAUAUUCCAUUCUUACAAUAAUAAGUUUAUUUAUUCAUUGGAAAAACAAAGCAAUUAUUUAAAUACAAAAUAUAUUGACAUAGAUAAUCAAAAUAUUCAUAAGGAAAAUUGGAAUACCUUUUAA